GGAGGGUAGGGGGGUGAGGGAGAGAGGAUCAGGGUCAGAUGGAGUCUGGUUAGCUAGACUGACAUGCAGCGUGUGCGUGUGUGUGUGUGUGUGUGAGUGAAUGAGAACAAACGAGUAGAGAGAGAGAACCCCGAGGAGAGCAUGCGUGUCUAAGUGUGUGUUUGUGUGCAUGUAAAAGAGAGAGAGAGAGAGAGAGAGGAAAGCUAGACAGGAGGAAGAAGAGGACGUAAAGGCAAGAAGAAAAGAAGGGGCAGAAAAAUCAAACCAGACGACUCAGCCCAGAAGGAAAUAAUGGCCGAGCCUGAGCUGAAAUUACGGAGCAGUCGGGAGAGCAUUGCCAAGGAGAAGAUGGGGGGACCAGAAGCAGACCCGAACCAAGACGGCCAAGUCAUUGAGAAAAUUUCUCCAUCCACCCCGAUGGUCGCUGCCCCCUCGAGCCCGUCCGACCCGCCACCCGGCAAAGGGCAGAAGAUCGAACUCAAGCGCAGCAUCACCCUCUUCAACGGCGUGGCCAUGAUCAUCGGCACCAUCAUCGGCUCGGGGAUCUUUGUCACGCCAACGGGCGUCGUGAAAGAAACGGGCUCGGCCGGACUCUCCUUGAUCAUUUGGUCCGUCUGCGGGGUGAUCUCCACCAUGGGGGCUCUUUGCUACGCCGAGCUCGGCACCACCAUCUCCAAGUCGGGCGGCGACUACACGUAUAUCCUGGAGGUGUACGGCGAGCUGGCCGCCUUCCUCAAACUGUGGGUGGAGAUGCUCAUCAUCCGGCCGUCGUCGCAGUAUGUGGUGUCGCUGGUGUUCGCCACGUACCUGCUCAAACCCAUCUACCCCAGCUGCAGCGUGCCCGACAGCGCCGCCAAGCUCAUCGCUUGCCUGUGUCUCACCACCCUGACUUUUGUCAACUGCAUCAGCGUGAGAGCCGCCACCAAGGUCCAAGACUUGUUCACCGUCUCCAAGCUGCUCGCAUUGAUCAUCAUCAUCCUCUUUGGCUUCAUACAGAUCUUCACAGGUGAUGUGCCCUACCUGAAGCCCGAAAACGCCUUUGAAGGCAGCAAAGUGGGUGUUGACAAUAUUGUCUUGGCCCUGUACAGUGGUUUGUUUGCUUUUGGAGGCUGGAAUUACCUGAAUUACGUCACCGAGGAGAUGAUCAAUCCAGAGAGAAACCUGCCCCUGGCAAUCAUCAUCUCCAUGCCCAUUGUUACGAUCGUGUACAUCCUGACCAACUUGGCCUACUUCACAACCAUUUCUCCGCAAGACAUGGUCGAGUCGGAAGCCGUCGCCGUGAGUUUUGGCGAGUACCAUCUCGGCGUGAUGUCUUGGCUCAUUCCGGUGUUUGUGGGGCUGUCUUGUUUUGGAGCCGUGAAUGGAUCCCUGUUUACUUCAGCACGUUUGUUCUAUGCUGGAGCCCGCGAGGGUCAGCUUCCUGCUGCUCUGGGACUGGUCCACACAGACCUUUUCACACCGGUGCCAUCCCUCAUCUUCACAUGUUUGCUGUCCAUGCUUUACGCCAUUUCCCAGGACAUCUUCUCCGUCAUCAAUCUGUUCAGCUUCUUCACUUGGCUGUGUGUCGGCAUGGCCAUCGCCGGGAUGCUCUGGCUCCGAUUUAAAAAGCCCAAUCUCAGAAGGCCAAUAAAGAUCUGUUUGUUUAUCCCCGUGACUUUUGUCCUGGGCUGCAUCUUCAUGAUCAUCGUGUCCUUCUGGGCGGCUCCCAUCGAAUGCCUGAUAGGCUGCAGCAUCAUUCUCACGGGCAUCCCGGCCUACCUGCUGGGCAACAAGUGGAAGAAGCCACGUGUGGUCAAGAAGAUGCUCGAAAUCUUCACCACGUUCUGCCAGAAAAUAUUCCUGGCUGUCCCCGAGGAGAGGCGCGAGGAUUCAGAAUAACGUCGGGUGGUCCUCAGACGACUCAACAAAUCAUGGCUCAGUGUUCUGUUUACUUGAACAUUUUCAGUUUUCUUUUUUUUUGGGGAGGUGUUUGGCGUUUUGUUUUCUUUGCCGUUGUAGCUUUGCAAGGAGGGUUUACAUGAACUAUGAAAUAAAAGCUUCAAAUGUGCAUUACUAAUUGUAUUCAGCAGAGACUACGAGAAGCCGCAAUGUACACUUAUAGUCGCUUAAAAUGUAGCCCGGUUAUGUUUCAGUGUCGCUGCUCUCACAGGAUUUUGGACCAUUUGCCGCAAAAUGAAGGUGGAAAAAAAAACUGUUUAUCACUCCACUUUUUUCAAUCAUUUAGAAUUAUAUAGCCGUGUCUACCAUGUUUGUUGCUAAAACGAUUUAGUGUGGCCUCCGACUCCAUUUUGUGAGGGAAUGUUCAGAAUGUUUUCUUUAAAUGAAAUACAAACCACAAAUCCUUUUUUUUUUUAAAUCACACAUUGUACAGUGACCUUACAGUGACUACAAUAACUAAUCAGAAUCAGAAAGAAAGUGGUUAGUUACACGCUACUAGUACAACAUAUGUGUUCAUGACACUUUUAAAAUAUUUUUAGUUUUGUAGAUGAAGCACAAGCUAUUCAGUGAAAUGAAAUGUGUGAUUGUGUGUGUUGGCGCGUGUGUACGCUCUGAUGUUGUUAUGCUGUCUUUAUUCACUGUUAAUUAAAUUUCAUGUGAAAAGGACGAUACUUUUCUGUGUGUCCACUUGGGAUGGGCAUUUGAAUAAUACUUUUUAGCUGGGGACCAGAGUUGAGGGUGCGUGGGGGUUUUGAGCUGGCACGGUAGAUCUCGUGGAUGUUUGCAGUUCAGAACUGGACUCCAUUUUGUGUCAAUUGCUUCAAGAUGAAUUUUUUAAAAUGUCACCGCACUCAAUCAAUAUUCAACAAAUGUAUUAUUAUGCCCAUCCCGAGUGAUGAUGCUGGAUAAGAACGUGUGUGUCGAAGGCUUUACAAAGACUCAAAUUACUCAAGUCUGUUGUGACUGUACAUCCUGUAGCAAGCGUCACUGUCGUAUUUGUGUGUGCCGAUAUUCCCGAUUUGACAGAAUGUCCCAACUGAGCUAAGUCGAGUGGGAUCUUGUUUGAAAAGUUAAGCGGUGUCACGAGUACAAUCGUAGCAUAUUUUGGAGCAUUCCUGAAAGAAAAAAAAAUAUUGGCACGAUUUUGAAAAGAUGUAACAUUUGAAUUACGCUUUUUUAAAAUGUUUUCUUGCCACACCUCGUGUCACCCCAAAACAAAAAAAAAAACCCAUCAAAGGUGGCUUGAAAAUAACUUUCCUGUUCAUAUUCUUUUAUGAUUUCCGACUGACUUAUAAAAUGGAGGUACGUCUCCAUUAUUAGAAUGUAUUGUCAAACAUCGUGUAUUUCAGGACUUGAUUUCAAAAAAUACAACUCAUGUA